AUGGAAGCUUUUAUGUCAACAUUGAUGAGAGAUUACUCUGCAACUAACUUUGUAAUCAUCCGUGAUGACGCUAGAAUUGCGGAACAUCAGCGUGCCGAGUUCACUACAGCUGUCACUGCAUCGAUGGAGGAUACACCCAAACGUCCUUCCUUUGGCAACUGCCCUACCAAAAACCCCGCCCCGAAACUACCAUCACGAAGGGAGAGUACGGAUGAUCUUUUCGAGCGAAAGGAUGGCCGUCGUCGUACGCGUAACAUUCCCAAACGAAGGUCCUCGAUGGAUGACGACCUGUUGUUGCACGGCAUCAAGAACAUUGGAAAUCAGCCACUUUCAAACCUUUUUGAAGAACAACAUAAUUAUGGAUCACCAUCCAGGCAAAUGUUGUUUGAAGACAUUUUCCGGGAUCUUGAUAAUCUGCUAAAGAAGACUGCAAUGAAUGAAUGA